AUGAAUUUCUUUAUUGUAUACUUUUUAAUUUUUUUAUUUUCUAAUAUAUUAUUUAUUAAAUCUCAGGCUAGGUAUAAUCGAGAUUUAGUUGAAAACUUUAUUAAAAAUGUGGACAACAUAGUGCCGGUAAUUUUAAAUGAUGAAGAAGACAAUUAUGUCGUGGAAAAAAGACAAAAUAGAAGAAAUAAUGGUAGAAGAGCAGAGGCAAGAAGAAGAAAAGCAAGAAGAGAAAGAGAAAAAGCAAGAAGAGCAGAAGCAAGAAGAAAGGAAGCAAGAAGGAAAGAAGCAAGAAGGAAAGCAGGAGGAAGAGCAGGAGCAGAAGCAAGAAAAAGAAGAAGAAUUAGAAGAGAAAAUAAUAUGCUAAGAAAUUUAGUUAAUACCCUAGUUAAUCAAGUAAAGCAGAUGCAGGAUAAUAUUAGUAGUAUUAAAUCACAAAUAUCAAAGACAGUUCCGGCAAUGAGAACAUCUCAUAAAAGUCCAGUACAAAUAGUAACAUCUUCAACACAAAAAGUAAUAACACAACCUCCAGUUGUAACACCACCAGCAAUACCAGCUACACAACCACCAACACAACCACCAACACAACCAUCAACACAACCACCAGCACAACCAACUACACAACCAACUACACAACCAACUACACAACCAACUACACAACCAACUACAAAACCAACUACAAAACCAACUACAAAACCAACUCCAAAAGCGACAACAAAAGCGCCAGCAAAAACAACAAAAUCAGCAGGAAAAAAAACUACAAAAAAGAAACCAAAAUAA